AUGUUACGUUACCGAGGUGUUAAACAAGCUUUGGAUGCUGUAUCGCGGCUGGAUGCUUUUCCUAAAGUAAAGGAAGAAUUUGUACAACCAACACGAGUCGGUGGAACAUUAUCGUUGAUCAGCCGACUGAUGAUUUUGUUUCUUAUCUACCAUGAAGUGUCGUACUACAUGGACUCUCGGCUUGUAUUUUCCUUCGUACCGGAUACGGAUCUGCAAUCGAAGCUAAAGGUACACAUCGAUCUAACAGUCGCUAUGCCAUGCAAAUCGAUCGGAGCGGACAUUUUAGAUUCUACCAAUCAAAAUGUGUUUUCCUUCGGUAUACUGCAAGAGGAAGACACCUGGUUUGAGUUGUGCCCUAGCCAACGGGUACAUUUUGACUAUAUGCAGCAUCACAACUCGUAUCUGCGGAAUGAGUAUCACUCGAUAGCGGAGAUACUGUACAAAUCGGAUCAUGCCGUAGUGUACAGCAUGCCCGAGCGUGUAGUAAUUCCUGCCAAACCGCACGAUGCAUGUCGCAUUCAUGGUGUGCUUACACUGAACAAGGUGGCAGGCAAUUUCCAUAUCACUGUCGGUAAAACGAUUCAUUUCUCCCGCGGUCACAUCCAUCUAAAUAGCAUUUUUGCCAACACACAGACCAAUUUUUCUCAUCGUAUUAAUCGAUUUAGUUUUGGAGAUCACACCGCCGGUGUAAUCCAUCCACUAGAAGGAGAUGAAAAAAUAUUCGAUAAUGGUCAAGUGAUGAUGCAGUACUUCAUAGAGGUUGUACCGACGGAUGUACAGAAGUUUUACUCACAUUCCAAAACGUACCAGUACACCGUGCGGGAAAAUUUGCAACUUAUCGAUCUCGAUAAGGGAAUGCAAGGUGUAGCGGGGCUCUACUUCAAGUACGAUAUGUCCGCGCUGCGGGUGCUGGUUCGGCAGGAUCGGGACAGUAUUGCUCAGUUUAUUGUGCGCCUUUCCUCGAUCAUUGCUGGAAUUGUGGUGAUUUCAGGAUUACUGAGCAAGGGUAUGCAUCUGAUCGGGGAUGCAUGCUGCAGACGGCGCCACGAACCGCUGGUGCUCGAUGACACGUCCGGAAAGGGUAAAGGGGCCGUUAUUAUUAGCUGA